UGACCCAAGACAGACAUGCACACAACACAGCUCGGUGUCUCAGACCUGUCAUUGCUUUUUCAUUUAUAAAAUAUCCCUUGGCGCAUAAUUUUGUUUUAUUUUAUAUCUGUAGGGUGUCCAUUAUGUUUUAUUGACCACGCAAAGAGGACAUUGACAGUGACACAGCUUGCGAACAGGACAUUUAGCUCGCAUGCUAGCGUGCUAUGGGUGGAAACAGCUGGUAGGGAGACUGUACAUCUUUACCUGCAAUGCAAACACAGGUUCACCAUUUGCUGUACAUCGUCGUGUGAAUAUUUGAUCAUUUGCAAUGGCAUCUAUUCUGGAUCAAUAUGAAGAUUCGCAGAACAUCCGUCAACACAGCCGUGUUUCCGCGGCCAACAUCGGCAUCACUCAUUCAGGGUUUGUAAAUGUAAGGUUAGAGGAAGAAAAACCUAUUUUCACCAAGCAGCGUAUCGAUUUCUCUCCUCCCGAAAAAAUCAACCAUUUUUCGGUUUGCAACAACCAGUUAUGCAUGAGUUUGGGAAAAGACACCCUGCUGAGAAUUGAUCUCGGAAAACCUGAUCAGCCAAAUCAAAUUGAAUUGGGAAGAAAGGAUGAUAGCAAAGUGCACAGACUUUUCCUAGAUCCUACAGGGUCACAUUUAGUCAUCUGCCUCACUACCAAUGAAUGUGUAUACCUAAACAGAAACACGCAGAAGGUCCGAAGUCUGUCAAGGUGGAGAGGCCACUUGAUUGAAAGCAUAGGUUGGAACAAAUUAAUCGGCUCUGAGACCAACACCGGGCCCAUUCUGGUCGGCACCAGCCAAGGAAUCAUCUUUGAAGCUGAGAUCUCUGCCUCAGAGGGCAGUCUCUUCAACACUAACCCGGACCAGUACUUCAGACAGGUUCAUUACCUGGAGGAGGAUGGCAAGCCUGCUCCGGUUUGUUGUCUGGAGGUUGAACGUGGUUUGGAAACUAAAUACUUUAUCAUUGCAACCACACGAAAACGGCUGUUCCAGUUUGUAGGAAAGCUGGCAGAAGGAUCUGAGCAGCAGGGCUUUAGCUCCAUCUUUGCCCAGAACCAGGACCUUCUACCUAGCUUCCAGGAAUUUCCUGUCAAUAUGGGCUACAGUGAGAUUACGUUUUACACAUCAAAGCUACGCAGUCGCCCCAAGACCUUCGCCUGGAUGAUGGGCAAUGGGGUUUUGUAUGGGCAGCUGGACUAUGUACGCCCCGACUCUUUACUCAGUGAUGUUCAAGUGUGGGAAUACACGCAAGACAUCGAUUUAAACUUCGUCAAACCCAUCUCUAUAGUCCUCACCCAGUUCCACUUCCUGCUCCUGCUUCCUGACCGUGUCCGAGGGAUCUGCACUCUGAAUGGGCAGGUUGUGCAUGAAGAUGUGUUUCCCGAAAAGUUUGGUACACUGCAAAAGAUGAUCAAAGAUCCCGUAACAGGGCUUGUGUGGAUCUACACAGAGAAAGCAGUGUUUCGAUAUCACAUCCAGAAGGAAGCACGGGACGUUUGGCAGAUGUACAUGAACAUGAAUAAGUUUGAUCUGGCCAAAGAGUACUGCAAAGAUCGACCAGAAUGCUUAGACAUGGUUCUCGCCAAAGAGGCUGAGCACUGCUUUCAAAACAAGCGCUACCUAGAGAGCGCCAAAUGCUACGCGCUCACUCAAAAUUACUUUGAGGAGAUUGCGCUGAAGUUCAUUGAGGCCAAACAGGAGGAGGCCUUGAAAGAGUUUCUGCUUAAGAAGCUGGUCAACCUCAAGCCCAGUGAGAAGACUCAGAUCACCCUGCUGGUGACCUGGUUGACCGAACUCUAUCUGAACCGGCUCGGUCAACUGGAGGCCGAAGACGGCAAGCAACAUCUAUUUCUGGAGACCCGUGAAGAGUUCCGUACCUUUCUUAAAAGCCCCAAACAUAAAGAUUGCUUCUACAACAAUCGCAGCACCAUCUAUGAUCUGCUCGCUAGUCACGGCGACGUGGACAACAUGGUGUAUUUCUCGGUCAUCAUGCAAGAUUACGAGCGUGUCAUUUCUCAUUACUGCCAGCAUGAUGACUACAGCGCAGCUUUAGAUGUUCUCUCCAAACACUGUGACGACAAGCUCUUCUACAAGUUCUCCCCAGUCCUCAUGCAGCACAUCCCCAAAAAGGUGGUCGAUGCAUGGAUUCAGAUGGGAAACCGGUUGGAUCCUAAGAAUCUGAUCCCAGCGCUUGUGAACUACAGCCAGAUGGGCAGCAUGCAGCAGAUAAACGAGACCAUCCGGUACAUGGAGUUCUGUGUGUAUGAGCUGGACGUCAAAGAAGAAGCCAUUCACAAUUACCUUCUCUCGCUUUAUGCCAACAAGCCAGACGCUCUGUUGUGGUACCUCGAACAGGCAGGAACUCACGUCUCCGAUAUUCAUUACGACUUGAAAUAUGCCUUGCGCCUUUGCUCCGAACAUGGCUACCUGCAGGCCUGCGUCUUGGUUUACAAGAUUAUGGAGCUGUAUGAGGAAGCUGUGGAUCUUGCUCUGAAAGUGGAUGUGGAUUUGGCCAAGUCUUGCGCUGACCUUCCAGAGGAUGAUGAGGAGUUAAGAAAGAAGCUUUGGCUGAAGAUCGCUCGCCAUGUAGUACAGGAGGAGAAGGAUGUCAAGAAGGCCAUGAACUGCCUGUCCAGUUGCAACCUGCUUAAGAUUGAAGACAUCUUGCCUUUCUUUCCAGACUUUGUCACAAUAGACCACUUCAAGGAGGCGAUAUGCAGCUCUUUAGAGGAGUAUAACAAACACAUCGACGAGCUGAAACAAGAAAUGGAGGAGGCCACAGAAAGUGCCAAACGCAUCCGCGAAGACAUCCAGGAGAUGAGGAAUAAGUAUGGCGUGGUUGAGUCUCAGGAAAAAUGCGCCACUUGUGAUUUCCCCUUGCUCAACCGACCUUUCUAUCUCUUCCUGUGCGGACACAUGUUCCAUUAUGAUUGCCUCCUGCAGGAAGUCAUUCCUCACCUCUCUGUCUAUAAGCAGAAUAAAUUGGAUGAGCUUCAGAAGAAACUGGCAGCAACCACACAGACCACCAAGGCCCGGCACAAGCCUAGAGAGGAGGAUACAGUCAGCUUAGGCAAAGGCCAGGGAAGCAGAGAGCAGAUCAAAUCGGACAUUGAUGAUAUUAUAGCGUGCGAGUGUGUUUACUGCGGUGAGCUGAUGAUCAAAUCCAUCGACAAGCCGUUCAUUGAUCCUCAGAAGUUUGAUCAAGAGAUGUCCAGCUGGCUCUGAAGGAGACGCUUUUGCUUGAGCUGCACAACACAUUUAUUAAAUACAAUGUACAUAUGCUUAAUAUGUAACCGGUUGUGCAUUGUGAAAUUUUUACAUGCUGGAUUAAUAAAUACUAACACGAUUUUGUCAACAGAUAUGCACUGUAUAAAUGUUGUUCAUUGAUUUUAUGUGUUCGCUUCCUUAGACCAAACUUUAAAAUGCACUUGUUUUCAUUUUGCAUAUGAGUAAUGCGAAUAAAUGAUUGCAUUUUGACUGGA